AUGUGGAUGAUUCCAUUGGGUUUCACAAUCAUCAAUGCAACGAGAAAUUGGCCCAGAUUUAUGCUCGUUCAUGUUACACAAUCGAAUAUUUAUGAUAUUCUUUCGGCAUAUACCCAGGUUAUUAUGGCACGGUCGGUUCCGGCCGGUUAGGCUCGUUUUCCGACCAUUUCCUUGCCGCCGGAUUCCGGCCGGAAGGUGGAAACGGUCAGGAACGGAGCGGAUAUGUUCUGUGCAAUCCCGGCCGGCAUCCG